AUGCUGGGGCUGCUAUGGGAGCAUCCGCCUGCUUUCGAUCCCCAGAUAUGUAGGGCGGCUAGCUUUUUAGUAGUUAGGCUCCUUUCGCGUCGCUCCUCCACCAACGGGGGAUAUAAUUCCUUAGCCUUGCAAGCCUUAGUGUCCUAUGGGAUAAGAGGCUUCGGGAAAGACAUGGGUAAGAUUGGUCAGAUGCUUGUUGUCCAAGAUCCGUCUCCGGAGGGUCCGUCUUCCACCUCCUCCCCCGGGCAGCACGACCCCUUAAUCUUCGGAAUCAGAAGCAGAGGAAUGAUACCGAACCAACCGUCUACGUCUAGCUGUGACUUCGAUUUAACUCGUCAAACUAUCUCUCUAUUGAGUUACUGCGGUAAUCGUUUAACACUAAAAGUCAAAGUAAGGGGUAAGAGAGAUUCCUGGAGCCUUCUCUUUGAACAGCCAGGCAAAUGUGGUACUGAAGAACCUUUAAAACCGUCUCUUUGGGAGAAAUAG